UAUGAUAAGGUUGAAAAAAUUAAGAAAUACAAUAAGAAAUUUAUUGGUGUUUGCUGUGAUUAUUCUAUUAAUUGAAAUGUAUAUUGAUAAAAAAGAGAAUGAGAAGGUAAUUCAAAAACCAGUUGUGCCAGCGUGGAUAAGAAAUAAUAAAGCUCCACAAGGGGGCAGAAAAUACAAAGCUGGAUUCGAUAGUGUCCUUGCAGAACAAGAUGUUACGGAUAAUCCAAUUUCUUUAUCGACUGUAAGCAAACGAAACGUACGAAAACAAUUUAAAAAAAUUAGAGAAGGAUUAAAACGAUUCAGAAAUAAAUUUUACUUAAACGAUAGACCAUUCCAAAUUCUUGGAGGAACUUUUCACUAUUUCAGGGUUCAUCCUGCCGCUUGGCAUGAUCGCUUAAUUAAAGUAAAAUCUGCCGGUUUAAAUACGGUUGUUAUUCCUGUACCUUGGAAUAUUCACGAGGCUACAAGGGGUACUAUCAAAUUCACUAACAUUAAAUGGGAUCUUCUUAAAGUGCUAAACAUGACAAAAGAAUUGGGUCUAUACACCAUACUGCAAGUUGGACCCUUUAUCAACGCUGGAUUAGAUUGGGGUGGUCUUCCUUCCUGGCUCUUACACGAAAACAUUAAAUUACAAGUUAGGUCUUCGAAUGAAUACUUCAUUAAUCCAGUAAGGAAUUACUUUGAGCAUCUUAUUGAGACAUUAGUACCUUUUUGUUAUACGACUCACGCUGGUCCAAUAAUUGGCUUUCAAAUAGAAGAUGGGUUUGGUCAAUAUUAUCAAGAGGAUAAAAUGUAUAUUAACUUUCUUGCCGUACAGUUCCAUAAUUAUCACAUAAACGAAAUGCUCUUUCUAUCCGAUUCUGUCGAUGUUUUUGAAAGAGAUAUGAUUCCAAAUGUUCAUAAAUCUGUUCUGUUGAAGAAUCCCGACGAGGAUGUUACCCAAGCAAUCCUAGCCGCUAGGGGUAUCCUUAAAGAUUCAGAGUACCCUAUCCUUAUUAUGAACUUCCCAACGGCUCCUAAACAAUGGUGGUGUUAUAAGCAAGACGAAGCAAAGCCAGACAAAUUUCGAAAGCGUUUAGAGAGGGCCCUUCUCCUAGAGGUAUCCAUAGUUCUUCAUCCGUUUAUCGGGGGGACGAAUUUCGGGUUUAUGGGCGGAACGUUGAAUUCGACAAGUGAAGGAAAGAGAGUUCUAAAGCACGAAUUGACAAGCUACUUUCCAGACGCUCCAAUACUGGAAGGUGGCGUAUACGAUGAAAAAUAUUUCAUAAUUCGUUCCUUACUAAAGGAGAUGAAGCUAACUGCGCCUAAUUUACCUCCUCCGCCCCUUCCAAAUCCUCCUAGAAAGUAUGGCGAUGUGAAAAUAAAUGAUUUCGCUGGAUACGAUCAGUUAUUAGAUAUAACCGACUCUCAGUCAAUGCAAUAUCGAGAUGUAAGGCCUAUGGAGACUUUAGAUAUGCAUAACGGCGGAGGUCAGAGUUUUGGUUAUGUUAUUUAUAGAACAGAAUUUAUAAGAGGUCAAGAAAUGUGGUUCAUAGGGGCGGUUCACGACUAUGGCCUCAUUUUGAUCAACAACCAAACUUUUACAAAAAUCCAAUCAAAUGUUACUUACAAAGAAGAACACAUAGACUUUUCAAAGGUCAAGUUAAUUAAGGAGAAUAAUUUAGAUAUAUUCUUAGAAAAUGCUGGAAGAGUCUACGGCGAUACAAGAUUAAACGAUCAAAGAAAAGGAUUGCGAGGAAGAAUCUUAAUCAAUUUUGUUCAAUUGUUAAACUUCAAGCAUGUACCAAUUGAAUUUUCCGACAAGUUCUGUAAAAGUUUAAAUACAACUUUACAGUGGGAAACUACAAACAAAACAAGCUUUGAGCUGAAAAGUCCUACGUUCUUUAGAGUAUUUCUGGAAAUAUCAGGAACGCCUCAUUACACGUUUAUUGAUCUGACUAAAUGGGGUAAAGGACUAGUUAUAGUAAAUGGUUAUUUGAUUGGCAGAUAUUGGAAUAAAGAACCCCAAAGAAAGCUAUACAUUCCAUCUGAAUUAUUGAAAACUGGUAGUAAUGUUAUCAUCAUCUUUGAACUUAGCAAAGCAUAUGAAACUGUUAUUUUUUCAGAAAAACUUGACACCAAAUUUUACAGAUUUUAA